CCGCCCACGCGCGACCCUCGGGGGCCCGGCGCGACGCCCCUUUGUCCGGGGGGGCCGUUCAUGCCGCCGCCCCCCGCGCACUGCGGGCCGGGCAGCGCCGAGCAGGGCCGUCUCUAGGGCCGAGGUGCCCGUCCUGCCCCCGGAGCCCACCGUUGCCACUGGAGAAUGAACCAGCCACAGAGGAUGGCACCCGUGGGCACGGACAAGGAGCUCAGUGAUCUCCUGGACUUCAGCAUGAUGUUCCCGUUGCCAGGGGCCAACGGCAAGGGCCGGCCCACCCCCCUGGCUGGUGCCCAGUUUGGAGGCUCAGGUCUCGAGGACCGACCCGGCUCGGGCUCCUGGGGCACCGGCGACCAGAACAGCUCCUCCUUUGACCCCAGCCGGGCCUACGGCGAAGGCACGCACUUCCCUGAGCCCCACGACAGCCUGUCUCCGUCCACAUUCCUGGGACCUGGGCUCGCGGGCAAGGGCAGCGAGCGGAGCGCAUACACUGCCUUCGGGAGAGAUGCGGGUGUUGGCGGCCUGAGUCAGGCUGGCUUCCUGCCCAGCGAGCUGGCCCUCAGCAGCCCGGGGCCACUGUCCCCUUCGGGCACCAAGGGUGGCUCCCAGUAUUACUCCUACGCCGGCCACCCUCGGCGGAGAGCCGCGGAGAGCGGACUGGACACACAGCCCAAGAAGGUCCGGAAGGUGCCGCCAGGUCUCCCGUCUUCGGUGUACCCGUCCAGCUCAGGUGACGACUACAGCAGGGACACCGCCGCCUACCCAACCGCCAAGACCCCUGGCGGCACCUACCCUACCCCCUUCUACACGGCAGAUGGCAGCCUGCAGCCUGCGGCCGAGCUCUGGAAUCCCCCGGGCCAGGCGGGCUUCGGGCCUGUGCUGGGCGGGGGCUUCGGCAGCCUGCAGCCACACGAGCGCAUGGGCUACCAGCUGCACGGAGCGGAGGUGAACGGACGGCUGCCAGCGGUGCCCACCUUCUCCUUGGCCCCCGCGGCCGCCUACGGCAGCGCCCCCAGCCACACGCCCCCCGUCAGCGGGGCCGACGGCCUCCUGGGCUCCCGCGGGACGUCGGCCGGCAGCUCUGGGGACGCCCUCGGGAAGGCAUUGGCCUCGAUCUACUCCCCGGAUCACUCGAGCAAUAACUUCUCCUCCAGCCCCUCGACCCCCGUGGGCUCCCCUCAGGGCCUGGCAGGGACGUCUCAGUGGACCCGAACAGGAGCCCCCGGUGCCUUAUCGCCCAGCUACGAUGGGGGUCGUCACAGCCUGAACAAGGUAGAGGACCGCCUGGACGAGGCCAUCCACGUGCUGCGCAGUCACGCGGUGGGCACGGCAGCUGAUGGUCACGGGCUGCUGCCUGGCCACGGGGCCCUGGCCUCCGGCUUCCCCGGCCCCGUCUUGCCCCUGGGUGGGCGACACGCCAGCCUGGUGGGAGGCGGCCACUCGGAAGACACGCCCACAGGCGGCGGCAACCUCACGCACAGCCACGUAGCCCUCCCCAGCCAGCCCGGCCCCCUCCCCGACCUCUCUCGGCCACCAGACUCCUACAGUGGACUCGGGCGCGCCAGUGCCGUCUCGGGUACCGGUGAGAUCAAACGGGAGGAGAAGGAGGACGAGGAGGACGCCUCAGUGGCUGACAACUCGGAAGAGGAGAAGAAGGAGUUGAAGCCCCCCCGGACUCGGACCAGCCCGGACGAGGACGAGGACGACCUUCUCCCCCCAGAGCAGAAGGCUGAGCGGGAGAAGGAGCGCCGGGUGGCCAAUAACGCUCGGGAGCGGCUGCGGGUCCGAGACAUCAAUGAGGCUUUUAAGGAGCUGGGGCGCAUGUGCCAGCUGCACCUCAACAGUGAGAAGCCCCAGACCAAACUGCUCAUCCUGCACCAGGCCGUGUCGGUCAUCCUGAACCUGGAGCAGCAGGUGCGAGAGCGUAACCUGAACCCCAAAGCGGCCUGCUUGAAGCGCAGAGAAGAGGAGAAGGUGUCGGGCGUGGUCGGAGACCCCCAGAUGGUGCUUUCGGCGGCCCACCCGGGCCUGAGUGAGCCCCACAACCCCGGCGGGCACAUGUGAGAGGGGCGCCGCGCGGGACAGAGUGCGGGACAGAGCGGGACGAGUGACCGGCCCACGCCCCGUGCGCGCCUGUGGUCGGCAUUGAGCCGGCACCGCCCCGGGGGGAGGGGGCAGGGGUGGGGGCGCCCCUCCCCGGCCUUGAGCCCCCCACCCCCGGGUCUCACGGCCUUGACACCUGGGGACUUACUGACGGAUCCUGAAACUGCAGCCCAGGCCCGGCCCAAAGGGGCAGUUUUGUUUUGUUUUUUAUUUGUAAACAAAACCAGAAAGUGAGCAAGAUACACACUUUGUCAGAAGAGACAAAAAAAUGCCUUAAGUCUAAAACGCGGGGGAGUCCGAACCUGCCGCUCGCCGGACGCGGAAGCUGCACAGACCGGCCGGUUCUGGACGAGCCGGCGAACGUGCCUACGCCUGACUCUUUUCUUAAGGAAAACAAAGGACGUUAGUUAGGAGGUUUUUUUUUUUUUUUUUUUUUUUUUUUUUUUUUUUUAAUGUAUUAGGAAAUUAGCAACAAGGAUGCCUUUGAUCUUUUUUUUUAAGCUUUUUUGCGUAUGUUUUGUAAGCAACAAAUUUUUUGUAUAAAAGUCUCAUGUCUCUUGCUAUUUCUGCUGCUGAUUCUAGAGCUGAGCGUUGCAUUUCACGAUCAACAGAUUAUUAAAAGUGUAUUGAAAAGACCACUGUAAACCUGAGGUCCCCCCCACCCAAACCCCGGGAGCUCUCGGGCACAAAGUGUCUCCCAGCUGCUGCUCUCCCAGCUGGUGUUUAAGAGUCUAGGUGGUUCCCUUGGUUUGGAGAGACUGUGAAGUGGUGGGCCGGCCUCUCCCCUCCCUCUGGAAGGGGGGUGGUGUCUGCAGGGAGGCAGUGAUCCUCCCAUGAGGACUGCCUAGGAGCCCCUGAAAGCAGCUUGGUCCCCAGGCGCUUCCCCACGGCCUGCGGGGCCCCCGUGUCCCUCCCCGGGACCCCACAAGCUGCCCUCCCAGUCUGCAGGCCUCCCCGACUCGGAUUUUGUUGGGACCAGUGUUCUGGGCACAGGGACCAUACCGCUGAGCCCGGUGCUACUACCAGGGCCUCCCGAGACCCCGUCCUCGGUUCCUUUGACCUGGGGACCUGGCCUGCAUACCACUCAGGGCUGGCUCAGAAGCCCUCACCCACCAGGUGACUGUCCCCAGACCCCAAAAAGCACUCAGGCUUUGCUUGCUCACCUAUAAGACCAGGAGGGUGGGCCCCUUCGGCCCUUGGUGGCCCUAUCCCAGGCCCAGGUCCCAGGUCUCCCUGAGUCCCCACUCUGGUCUCACGUGUCACCCAGCAGACCAGCUCCUCCCAGCUUGCCCAGGACCGUCCGGGGCUUAUAGUGAAAAGCCCUUGUCCUUGGAGUCGCUGCAGCCCCAGGGAAGCCAGGACCAUUGGCCCCUCCGUCUGAUCUCUGGGUGCAGAUCAGGCCUGCUGGGCUCCUCCCUGUACCCCCACACCCACACGGGUCGUAUGGACCCCAGGGUUCACCGCAGCACACCAGCCUGACGCACUCCCGGAGCCCUGGGACUCCCCGAGGCUAGGGAGCUGGGCGCCUGCAAGGGAAGCACCAGGCAGGACAUCCAGAGCUACCUCCCAUCCCGAGGUCCCCUGGGGCCUCCCACUGGGUGGUUCCCCAUCCAAGACUGAUCGAGACUGGCCAGGGGUCAGUGAGGAGCCGUGGGCUCGCGAGGGACUCUCCUUGCUGGCACCCCCGGCCUGUGUGGGUCUCGUGUGUCUUUUGGGGAACCUGCCUCAGUUCCCCUCCUACUCUGCUGCUGGUUUCACAGGCGGGGGCCCAGGAGCCUCUGCCCCACCCCCCCACUACCUGACUUUGUAUUCCGUGUAAGCAGCCUUGGGGGAGGGGAGACCCACGAUUCUGGGGAAGUGUGCUGAGUGCCUCAAGGUAACCGGUUUUCAAAAAAAAAAAAAAAAAAAAA